CCAAUAAAAACCCAAACCGUAGCUGCUCUGUAGGGUGAAAUCGUCCUCCGGGCCUUUCCCCAGAAAAAUCUUGCUAACGCGAGACGAUCUUGUCGUCGUGCACUUUAUCUGCUGCUCUACUACUUACACGACAUCAGUAAUCCAAGGAUGCGUUCUUUUGUGCUUUCUUGUGCUGCUGCGGCCUGCUGCACCGGGCCACUGCAGUUUGCCGUUGGGUUGCGACCGGGGGCCGGAUCGUCGUCCGGAUUUCUAGAACGCGUUCCCAACCAAGAUGUGGACGAGGAGCUGAUGAACCCGGACGCCAUGGAGAUGGACGCCCCGACCCGACGAGCGCAGACCUCCUCGCGCCCGGGCCUGAUUCCGCGCACCCUGAAAAAGUGCGCGCUGGCCGGGAUUGCGCUGACGGCUUUGUUUGGAGCCGGGAUGGAGUGCGGGAAGCAUUUUGGGGCCUCGACAUCGACUGCCACUGCCACGGACAACUUCUACGCGGGCUUGCAGGACAAGGCGGCCGUGUCAUCGAUGUCCUCGGCUUCACCGUUUGGUUUCGCCUCGGUGCGUAGCAAAUUCCCCCGAUUCAACGAACGCGGUGGCGUAGACGCCAUUGAUUCGCACAUCGACCCCUCGGAGGUAUGAUUGAUUGUGGUCAGUAGAGUUUGGGUUUGCGUGCUGAAAUCAACAUCAACAUUGUAUUUUUGAAACUCAUACAUCAUUUCAUACUGUCGGUCCUCGUUGAAUUUAUAUAUGGAUCGGUAAUACUAAUAUCCAUAUCUGUAUGAUACUAGCCUUAUCCCGCUUCCCGUGUCCAGUAGCCUGCAGACUUAAUAGUAUUCCGCUAGAUGAAUAAUAGCCCUCAGCGUUUCUCUGUGGAAAAUCGUCGUCGGCGCUUCAGCACAGGCAGGCCCAUCUGCCUGCUAUUUUCAAAGCGCCAGAACGGCAUGGCCACGAUCCGGCACCGGCGCGGCUGGCAGGUUGGCCCUUGCCGCCAUCUUGCAUGCUGGCACUGGCGGGGCCGCGAUCUGGCGGCGGGGGGCGGGCAUGAUCGGGCACCGGCUUGGCCAGGGUCUGGCACCGGCUUAGCCAGGGCCUGAAACCGGCGUGGCCAGGGUCCGGCACCGGCUUGGGCAUGAUCGGGCACCGGCAUGGCCAUGAUCUGGCACCGCCUACCUUCGCCGUGAUUUGGCACCGGCUUGGCGAUGCUCUGACACCGGCAGGCAGGCUUGGCCAUGAUCCAUCCGGCACCGGCUUGGCCAUGAUCUGGCGCAAGGGCUUGGCCUUGCCAUGAUCUGGCAGGCACCGGCUUGGUGGCUGGCCUGGCCAUGAUUUGGCACCGGCUGCGGCUCAGCCACGACCCGGAACCAGCUUGGCUUGGCCAUGACCUGGCACCGGCUUGGGCAUGGGCGAGCACCGGCCUUGCUGUGAUCUGGCACCGGCCGGCCUGGCCAUGAUCUGGCACCGGAAGGCCGGCAGGCUUGGCCGUGUAUGAUCUGGCACCGGCUCGGCUACAACCUGGCACCGGCUUGGCCAUGAUCUGGCGCCGGCUUGUCCACGACCUGGCACUGGCUUGGCCACGACCCGGGGCCGGCUUCGGCGUGAUCUGGCGCCGGCUUGGCCAUGAUCUGCCUGGCACCGCCUUGGCCGCGACCCGGCACCGGCUUGCCUGGCAACGACCUGGAACCGGCGUGGCCAUGAUUUGGCACCGGCUUGGCCAUGAUCUGGCACCGGCUCGCUUGGACGCGACCUGUCUGGCACCGGUUCGGCGAUGAUAUGGCGCCGGCUUGGUAACGACCCACCUGGCACCGGCAUGGCCAUGAUCUGGCAACGGCCUUGCCGCUUCCUGGCACCGGCUUGGGCGUGAUCUGGCAGCGGGCUGGCCAUGUUCCGGCACCGGCGGGCCUGGCCACCAGAAUCACUCGGAACCGGCCUGGCCAUGAUCUGGCGCCGGCGGGCAGGGUGGCAGACGGUGGCAGGCGAGGGCAUGAUCUGGCACCGGUUUGGCCACGGCCUGGCGCCGGCACGCAGGCUUGUUUGGCCUGGCGGUUCGGACCGCGCGCGACCUGGCGCCAGCGACCCGGGCCAUGAUCUGGCACGCACCGGCAGGCUUGGACACGGACGACCUGGCGUCGGCUUGGCCACGCCAUGAUCUGGGUGGCUCAGGCUCGCCCAUGAUCUGGCACCGGCUUUGUCAUGAUCUGCCGGGCACCGGCCGGGGGGGGGGCUUUGCAUGCCCCGAUCUGGCACCGGCCGGCUAGGCUUGGCCGUGUAUGAUCUGGCACGCAUCCAUCGGCAGGCUUGGUUUGGCCAUGAUCUGCCACCGACCGGCCUGGCCACGACCGGGCACCGGCAGGCUUCGCCAGGAAGGAUCUGGCACCGGCUUGGCCACGGCCUUGCAUUGGCUUGGCCAAGAUCUGGCACCGGCUCGGCAAUUAUGAAUGACGUGGCGUUGGCUGGUAGGCUUGGCUGGCAGGCCAUUGGCCCGGCACCGGCUUGGCCAUGACCUGGCACCGGCAGGCUUCGCCACGACCUGGAACCGGCCCCCCCGACCCUGAUCUGGCACCGGCGCGGCCACGACCUGGCUCCGCUGCGGCUUCGCUGCGGCGUUGUUACUUCGAGGCCGCGUUGCUUCGAGGUUUUGUUGCGGCUUCGAGCGGCCUGCGCUGCGGCUUCGAGGCUUCGCUGCGUCUUCGGGGCUUCGCUGCGGCUUCUAGGCUUCGCUGCGGCUUCGAGCCGUCGCUGAGGCUUCGGGGCUUUGCUGCGGCUUCGGGGCGUCGCUGCGGCUUCGAGGCCUCGCUACGGCUUCGAGGCUUCGCCGCGGCUUCGAGACUUCGUUCGCUGCGGCUUCGAGGCUUCUAUCUUCGCUUCUAUCCUCGCCUCGGGGCUCCUUUGCUUCGGGGCGCCUCUCUUCGCUUCGGGGCAUCUCUCUUCGCUUCGCGGCUUCUUUGCUUCGGGGCUUUUAUCUUCGCUUCGGGUCUUGGCCAUGGUUCGGCUUGGCCAUGCUGAAUGGCCCGGCACCGGCUCGCCUCGGCCAUGGUCCGGCACCUUCUCGGCUUGGCCAUGCAUGCUCCGGCACCGGCUCGGCUUGGCCAUGCAUCGUCCGGCACCCACCGGCUCGGCUUGGCCAUGCAUGGUCCGGCACCGGCUCGGCUUGGCCAUGCAUAGUCCGGCUCGGCUCGGCCAUGGUCCGGCACCGGCUUGGCCUUGCCAGGGUCCGGCACGCACCGGCCCGGCCUUGCCAUCCAUGGUCCGGCAUGCACCGGCUCGGUCUGCUCAUGGCCCGGCACCGGCUCGCCUUGCUUGGCCAUGGUCCGGCAGGCACGCACCGGCUCGGCUUGGCCAUGGUCCGGCACCGGCCGGCGCGGCUUCGUCGAGGCUUUACUGCUUCGGGGCCCCGCGGCUUCGGGGCUUCGCGCGUUGUUUCGUACGUUGUUGCGCCGUGGCUUCGUGCGUUCGUUGCUGCUUCGAGGUUUCGUACGUUGCUGCCUCGGGGUUUCGUACGCUGCUGCCCCGAGGCGUCGCGCGCUGCUGCUUCGGGGCCUCGCACGCUGCUGCCUCGAGGUUUCUCACGCUGCUGCCUCGAGGUUUCGCGCGUUGCCGCCUCGAGGUUUCUCACGCUGUUGCCUCGAGGUUUCGCACGUUGCUGACCCGAGGCUUCGCACGCUGCUGCCUCGAGGCUUCAGACGCCGCUUCGAGGCUUCAGGCGCUGCUUCGAGGCCUCAGGCGCUGCUUCGAGGCCUGAGGCGGUGCUUCGGGGCUUUGCUGCUUCGACGCUUCGCUGCUUCGAGGCUUCGCUGUGUGCUUCGAGGCUUCGCCGCGUGCUUCGAGGUUUCGCCGCGUGCUUCGAGGCUUCGCCGCGUGCUUCGAGGCUUCGCCGCGUGCUUCGAGGCUUCGCUGCGUGCUUCGAGGCUUCGCCGCGUGCUUCGAGGCUUCGCUGCGUGCUUCGAGGCUUCGCUGCGUGCUUCGAGGCUUCGCUGCGCGCUUCGAGGCUUCGCGGCGCGCUUCGAGGCUUCGAUCGCUGCGCGCUUCGAGCUUCGCCGCUUCGAGGCUUCGAGGCGUCGCUGCUUCGAGGCGUCGCUGCUUCGCUGCUCCCUUCGAGGCCUCGCCGCUUCGAGGCUUCGCUGCUUCGAGGCCUCGCUGCUUCGAGGCUUCGCUGCUUCGAGGCUUCGCUGCUUCGAGGCUUUGCUGCUUCGAGGCUUCCUUCGAGGCUUCGUUGCUCCCUUCGAGGCUUCGCUGCCCCCUCCGAGGCUUCGCUGCUCCCCUCGCGGCUUCGCUGCUCCCCUCGCGGCUUCGCUGCUCCCUUCGCGGCUUCGCUGCUCCCUUCGAGGCUUCGCUGCUUCCUUCGAGGCUUCGCGGCUUCGCCGCUCUUCGAGGCUUUGCGGCUCUUCGAGGCUUCGCGGCCCUUCGAGGCUUUGCAGCUCUUCGAGGCUUCGCGGCUCUUCGAGGCUUCUUCGUUGCUUCGAGGCUUCGCUGCUUCGGCGUUUCGAGGCCCCUUCGUUUCGAGGCUUCGUCGCUUAGAAGCUUGGGCGCUUUGUCAGCAUUUCGUUGUUGUUGUUUUUCGUUUCUAUUCUUUGUUUUCGUUUUUUGUUUUCAUUCUUUGUUUUCGUUUUUCGUUUUUAUUCUUUGUUUUCGUUUUUUGUUUCCAUUGUUUGUUGUCGUUUCUCGUUUCCAUUCUUUGUUUUUGUUUUUCGUUUCUGUUCUUUGUUUCUAUUGCGGAAUACUAUUAAAUAAUGGGUUUUCUCACCUUUCGCUAGUCAUUGUAGAGAUUUGUGACUUGAGUGGAAUGCGGCACCGAGUCAUGCAGCUACUGUAGGAUUUGUGACGCGGCAUUGGCCCCUAUUUAUCCCAGGAAAUUGUGAUUUGCAAACGUUCUAUCUUCAACCGCCGCUAAUUUCAUUGUCUCACAGGGUCCGGUUACGGUGCCGGUCCAGGUUGGUGGCGGUCCUUGGUCAGAAGAACCCGGCGCAGCGGCCCCUUUCGACUUCCCCAAGCUCGACGGCAAACAGGAGGUCGGGUUCGGCGGCAAGCUCCUCGGCACGCUCCUCAGCAUGGACCUGAUCAACAUGGGCCAGAUCCCGUGCGGCUGCCAGAGUAUAAACACAUUGCUUUUAGUUUUCACUGCAUUUUUUUCAGCAUAUUAAUUUGAAUCGAUCUCUGUCUCUCCAUAUACUGCGCCUGGAGCUUGAUAUUCAUAUGUGUUCCGCAGAUAUUGACAGUAACCGAAUCAAGAGUUCUCAUACCGGACCUAUUUCCUUUUUCAAGGUAGUCUAGAAGAGUUCUUGUAGGUAAUGUCGUAGCACAUUUUUGAUAAUUCGUCAAUUUGCUUUAUUUUCCCAAUAUAUAAUCACAACAGCGAACUUCUACUUGACCAAAGCCCCCAACAACGACUCCCCAAUGACCUGCGACUCCGGCGCGAACGGCUACGGGUGCCCGGAAUUGGACUUCAUGGAAGGCAACUCGCAAGCGCUCGGUACCACUCUGCACCUCUGCGACAGCACUGGCGGGGCCCGCGGUGUCUUCACGUGCGGAUGGCAAUCGGGCUGCCUGACGAGUAACCUGGCCGGAAAGCAGGGCGGAGUAUUUUUUUGUUCUCUCUGUAUGAUGAAGAGAGCUUGAGGUCGCUUUUCCAAGUUACUUCCCAUGGAGACUUGUGGUUGCAUCUUCUGGAUCAAUCAACUGCCACGAUAAAUAUGAAAAUCAUAAUCAGUGUGAUGAAGUGUAGCACAAGGAGAAGGUAAGUAUCCCAUUUGUAACAAGCACAUGGACGACGAACACAAUGUCAAUGUCUUGUUGCUGACGACAGUAAUACCGCAUCUCUCAACAGGGUGCCACUUGCGAUGCGUGGGGCUGCCAGACGAAGACUGUCGGCAUGAAGCACUGGGGUCAGAACGCAUAUGGUCCGGGCGGGUACAUCGACUCUAACAAGGACCUCAACAUGCAGGUCUACUUUCAGCCCGUGGCCGGCAACCUAGAAAACGUGUGGGUGCAGCUCUCCCAGAAGGGCAAAGAUCCGCUUGUCUACUCGGUAUAAUAUCGGUUUUCUCUUUACGUUUUCUUGUAUCCCUGCAUGUACAGAAGGCUUAGCCUCUCGAAUACGACGAGGCCAUUGAGCCUGCUGCUGCUGCUCAGCUCAACUAGUGCAACACAAGAAGCGCGUUGCUGGUAGCAAUUCUGCUCGGUGCUCAGCCAAAAUCCAAGUACGUAUAAUUAUGCGCGUAUGGUUGUAAAUAGAAAUUGUUCACGAACACUCGUCAUAACACACUUUAGGCCUGCGUGAACGCCGACUACAAGCGCGCCGUGACCCACGAUUUGAUGACGGGGUGGUCCCACCAUUCCACCUACUGGGGCGGCUUCGACGGCAUGGAGUGGUUGAACGGACCCUGCCCGAACCACCCGUCGACUUGCAGUGGCAACGCGGCGGACCACAUUCACAACGUCAAAGUGUACAAGAUCGACAACGUAUGAGCAGGAGUGUUGUCUACUAGCGCGCGAGCUUGUCCUCCUUCGCAGCCUGUGGUCCAGCGACGUGUCGUUCAGGUCCGUCGUUGAUCAACGCGAUGCUUGUUACUGACAGGUCGCUAGUACUAGACUUGGUGAAGCGACCAACUCUACUGAAGAUAUAUUCACUGUGUUACUUUUUUCUCCCCAUCCGGACGUCAUGUGGUUCCUACAACAUGGCACUGGCAUGGUGAGUUGUACUUGUGUACGUGUACAUUAUUCACAGUACAUCCUUCUUCGACUGCAAAAGUUUACUUCUGCUUGUGAAUAUAGGUUUCCGUUUGUUUCGUUGAGAAUGUUCACUGUACUAGUCAUUGCAGCACGCUGUGAUUUUUACUCAGUAACAACUCUUCAACGUCUUUGCUAAAAGUAAAUCCUUACUCGUUCUUUCUAGCACGUCUUCUUCUGAAUGAAAAAUGGUAAAUUUUGCGUAUUUGUUCCCGCCGAUGCACGAUAUCUGUGUCGGUGGGUCUUCUUAUCACGCUUUCGACAGUGAUCUACUUCUUCUAGAAAUACAUGAGCACUUCUACGACUACGCGUACAUUGUUUUCUGCGAAUAAAGCUCUAGUUCCUUCUUGACUCACCACUCAAUGCCAAUAUCCGCUUUAACCAAGCAUGCCACGACAAGCCGCCUAAUCUUCCAAGGCGGUGUCGAUAUUUUUCUUCUUCGCUGCUUUUUUGCCAACUCAUCUGUUGAACAACUCCAUCCUCCGUGGUUAACCCACGAGGAAAAAAUUGAAACUUCUACGAAGAACAAGAUAGGCACUGACCACACGAGG